CUCCAAGCGGCUUCAAUUCACUAUUUUUUUCAAAAUGGCGGCGUCCAUGGGCAAGGAUAUGGAUAAUGGAAAUUUUGAGAGAAAUACCCUUAUCAUCCGUCACCUACCGAGCUCAAUGAACAAUGUAGAGAAGCAAGAAUUCCUCGAGUAUUUUGGGGCGGUUCAUGUAAGGGUUUUAUCAAAUUUCGGACGAAUGAAACAUGCUGCGUUUGCAACUUUCAGAGAUCAAAGUGCUGCAGCACAGGCUCUCACAAGGCUACACCAACUGAAAGUCCUGGGCCACACCCUGGUGGUGGAAUAUGCAAAGAGCAAUGCUGCGUCUCAGGCAGGUCUGGCUGCUACCAGCAGUAUUGAGAGGAGGAAUGGGGAGGCCAUUGAUUCAAGCACUGAUGGCUGUAAUCUUGAUCAGGAGCAUAAAAGCGAGAAAGCAGCAUAUGGGAACUCCACCAUUGCGGAUGGACUGAAAGGAUUGCAGCAAAGGAUUGGCAUCUCAUCCAGACAUGGGAUUGAUUUUCCCUUGAACCCAGUGCUUCGCUAUCGCUACCCAGCACCUUCUGUCGGCAUCCUGACUAACAUUGUCAACAGUCUGGCCUCGGUGCCUAAGUUGUAUACCCAGGUCCUGCACCUGAUGAACAAGAUGAACCUGCCAGCACCCUUCGGUCCAGUCACCCCUGCUCCCCCGUUGAUCCGGGAUGUACCACCGCCCUCUGUUGUCAACAACCAGACAGUGGAGGCCAUGGAGAUGUCCAGCUCCAGUGAGGAGUCAGAAAUUGAGAGUGACCCAGAUGAAAAAGAAAAAACAAAGACUAUCCAAUCAUCUCUUAAGCGGCCAUCAAAGACCAAGAACCCACAUCGUGCCAAGCGGCACAAACUUCAGCCUCUGAUACCAGCCAAGGCCCCUCCAGUAGGCGGGGCAGUACCCCCCUCUCAGCCAGCUAGGGCAGUGGAUGUCUUUGAGCAGUCGCAGGCUCCCAUCGGCAAGAGGAUUGAGUUCCGAUUGACGGAGGGAAUGGCUGGAGCUUUGGAUGGCAACCAGAUGCAUUCCACUACAGGGGAGGAGAUUGCGGGGUCUGGUGAACCAAGGACUGACCAACAGCCGGCAGAAGCCAACCCAGGAUCUUCCUCCCUUGUGUCUGGUUUUGGAACCUUUGAGCAUCCCACAACGGAGAAAGAGGCAAACCCUGCCAAGAGGGAGGGACUUGAGGAAGAUGAGACGGAAGAGGGUGAGGAGGAAGAUGAUGGGAAGGUGACAGAGUUCAUAUCCAGACGAGAGCUCCGAAACAGACUCCCAGAUCAUGAAAUCAAGAGGCAUCCAGUUUUCAAGCGGUAUGAGCCUGGUGAACCCACCACACGGUUAUACCUCAAGAAUCUGGCCAAAACGGUGGAGGAAAAAGAUUUGAAGUAUAUUUACGGACGUUAUGUGGAUUGGUCAUCACCAAUUGACAGAGACAUGUUCACCAUCCAAUUGAUGACCCAGGGGCGCAUGAAGGGCCAGGCCUUCGUCGGUCUACCAAGCGAGUUUGCAGCACAGAAGGCACUGCGAGACACCAACGCUUACAUCCUACAAGGGAAACCCAUCGUUGUGCAAUUUGCAAGAUCGGCCAAGUUGAAGGAAAAGGAGGAGAAAGAUUCCAAAAAGAAAGGCAGGAGGGAGAUCAUCUGAUUGCAAUGGUCAUUGUGGGACAGACAAGUAGGAUAUGACCUCCACCGGACUCCAACACUGGACCAUGCCAAUAACAGCCAAGGUGUUCUGCUUGUUAUGAGUAUCCCAAGUACUCCAUACAAACUCCAAUGUGGAUGUGAUGUCCAGUUGAAAUUUGGAGUAGUGGAGUUGGACCUCUAGAUUUCAUGUUUGGAAGAACUGUACUAGCUAAGAGAAACUAGAGUGCAGGGGAGAUGCAUGGCAGUGCAUUGAAAAGUACAGAAUCCAUCACAGCCAAGCCACAGCGAUCUUACCCGUCACAGCAGCUGCAAGACCCCGAGUGAGAAUUCAUGGAAGCGAUAGAAGUUUUUCUUGGGGAUGAGGGGUCAAAAGGGGGGGGGGGGGAAAUAACCACAAAGGAAUAACUAUACAUUCUGAAUGACAAACACUUUUAUUUAAAUACAUUUGACAACCAAUGAACAGAAGAUCGAUCUGGUUAUGUGUUGUAUGCUUUUUUUAUUCAUUGGAGAUCCGCAAACCUUUCAUUCGUAAGUAUCUCCACCAUGCAAAGCCUCAAUUCUUACUCAUUGGAGAUCAAUCCGUCAGUGUGGAUAUUACUUUGCUUUAUAAUAACUUAUUUUCACUUUAAAAAUGAAAUUCAAGUCAUGUUUGAUGUGAGAAAAGAUAAUGUAUACAUUUCAAUCUUCAAUAAUGAAACCUUCACAACGGUGAAGAGAGACUGUUCCACUUUAUUUAUAUAGAAAUUGUUACUGAUUACACCAUCGAAUAUAAAGCAAACAGAAAUGUACAAACUCUUUUAAAAUUACUGUACAAUGUAACACCUUCAUGUAGUUGAACACUAACCAUUGCUGUGUGCCUUGAAAUGACUUCAAGCACGAUAACUGACCCUCUUUUGUAAUGACAGGUUCACAUGUCCUAUGGAUCUACUCCACACAAAUAUCUUCAGUAAAUUCACAGAAUGGUACUCCAGUCCAUCACAAGUCCAAAUCACAAGUAAUGUCACAAGUAACAGGGGAUGAAUGAUGACAGAGGAUGCCUUUCUAGAAACUUGACUUGAGAAUGGAUAACGUGUGAGGGUUUGACUACAGUUUUGAUCAGUUUUGAUAAGUUUCAAGCGCUUUUGGAAACUAGAUCUGUGUGAAAGUGUCAACAUGAACUCUUGUUGUGUUUUUAUUUGUUUAAGUUUGAUCAACGUCCAGUGUGAGGUCCACUUUGGUCAUGACAGUGGUCUUAGUUUGACCGCCUCGCAAUCCGGCCAGGAAUGUCUGGGGCUUGGGCACAUUGCUGGCUCCAUCUGUCUUGGUUUGACUUGCUGUGUCCCUGCAGUCACAGAAAAAAAGUAGAAGAUAAACAUGAAUCUCAAAUUAGAAAAUUAGAACACUGGGAAUAUUUCCUUCAUCAUGAAAGGGAUCAAUGAGGUUCUGUGUUUAUUUGAAAUCCAUGAAUGGAAAGCCCUGUUUACAGUACACGCUUGUACACAGCUUUCCAUGCCCCUUUCCUGCAGUUUUUACAUUGAACUUUCAGUUAAAUUUAUAUUUAAAAAGUGCCUUCAGGCCACCUUUUUGCUUU